AUGGGCUGCGGGGCACAGGUCAUCCCAGUCCAUCGAACCCAGCCCUUCGUCAUCGCCACAAGCCCCGGACCCGUCGCCUUCUCCCUCGCCUGCCGCGCCUUCUCCCUCGCCUGCCGCGCCUUCCCCUUCAUCAUCUCCGGCCGCCCCUUCGCCCUCUUCCUCUCCCGCACCCUCGGCCUCAUCCUCGCCUGCCGCGGCGUCUCCUUCAUCCUCUCCCGCACCUUCGGCUUCAUCGUCGCCCGCGGCUCCCUCUCCAUCGGCUUCGCCGCAGCCCUCGGCUUCGUCAUCGCCGGACGCGCCUUCUCCCGCGGCGUCGCCCGCCGCGUCGGCCUCGUCGUCCCCUGCGGCCCAGUCGCCUUCUUCCUCGCCCGCUGCAGCGUCGUCGUCGCCCUCGGCCCAGCCGUCAGCGUCGCAGUCGCCCGAGUCCACGCCCUCGCCCUCGCCUGCCACCAGGAGCCCCUCACGUCCGAGGCCGGCAGCGACAGCGGACUCUCGAGCUCGGCCAAGAUCGGCCUGGGCGUCGGCCUAGCAGCCGGGCUGCCGGCCCUGUUGAUCCUGGUGGCGAUAGUGACGGUGGUGACGGGGGUGAUCUUGUAUCGACGCGCCAGCAAGAGUGAGCAGUCGCUCGGAUCGUCGUCAUCGGGCGCAGCUCGUCCACGCACUGCGGCAGGCACAGCACACUACCGCAGCCGCGUGGUCAGGCCCUCCGCCUCGACCGCGACCAACCCGCCCGUGUCCGGUCUCGACGCCGGCGACGACCUGGAGGCCGGAAGCGCCGACACAGCCACCAACCCCCUGCAGAAGACGGCCUCGCAGACCUCGAUGUCCUCGGUCUCCUCAGUCGACAGCUGGGCGCGCAACAACAACGUCGACCUCUUCGACGACACUCAGCCCGUAUAG